CUCUCUCUUCGCUGCAGGACAGAAAGAUUUAUAAGACCUUUGUACCAACAGCCAUCAGGCUUUAUGACUCUUAUGUAAAUAAUAGAUAACUUUGAUAGACAGGUUACGUGAGAUAACAGACAAUUGAAUUUCCCUUCGGGGAUCAAUAAAGUUCUUCUUCCUCUUCUUCUUCUUCUUCUUCUUCAUUUGUCUCCCCAUGCUCGCCUGAAGGAGUUCAAGCUCCUCAACAGGCAACGGUGUGUGGGAUGUAUUUUUUGGUAGCAGAUAAAAAUUGAGAGCAGCUGCCUUACUGUUUAGCUUAAGAACAUGCUUUGGUGGCAGUCAAACACCUUUUUUUUUUUUUUUUUUUUACCACGAUUUAAGUUUGACUUGAAAUAUCUCGAAAACGAUCUGUGGAUUGAAAUAUAAAUAAGAGUUUAGUAAGUGUUGCAUUCAACUUCUAACUGACAUGUAUAUAGUUUUUCCAGUGUAAUCACAAACCAAACUUCUGUCUGAGUGUGAUUCAAAAUGCACAUUUGAAUUUUCACAUCUUAGCAGUAGUGACGUAGACCUAACAAGAAAACACUGUUUUUUCCCCAGUGCAAAUGAGAAUGACGUUGUGUGGCUUGAAUAACAAACCUUGUCAUUUCUUGCUGCACAGUUACAUUUCUAGGGGCUGGGGCAGGCUGCUUAGUCUCCUGCCUUGUGGGCCUGGUUGAGCUGUUUGUAGCCAAAGUGUCGAAUAGCAUAGACACCAGGUUUCUGGCUGCUGACUCAACUGUACCUUGACCCUAAAUCAAUUCAGGAUGUACCGUUAACAUGUUUCCUACUGAAAGUAAUGAGACAUCAGACUACCGACUGGCCUUAAAAUCAUGGCUAAUGGUUGUUAGCCGCCAAUUUAGCUGGCUCUGUUACCAGCUAACAAAAUUUGAUCUGAGACUGUCAGAUAAUAGGUGUAGGCCAGUCAAAGGCAUCAUCAUCAGAGUACCAACCAAAAUAGCUAAUGGCUAGUUUGCAAACUUACUAUGGUUGCAAACUAACGUAAAAACAGAACUUUUUUUUCAUUUUUAUAACACACUUUGUGUCAGGCCUGGGUUUGAGGGAGGACUCAGACACAGAGGUUCCAAGAUCAACAAAGGGUUUUUUUUUUAAAAAUCGUCUUCUUUACUCAGUAGAUAGAGUGAUAAAUAAAUAGGCUAUGAAAACCUUCUCUAUCUAUUCUAAUGGCAAACAGACAGAACACAAAAACAAAACAAACCAAGACUGAACAAAAAUUCACUCCAAAAGGGAGGACAAAUUAGUAAGCUGAUCUUCUCUGAUCUUCAGAGGAAUAACUAUGACAAUUUAUGAAUAAAAAAACGCUCCAAAGGGAGGGAAACAAAAAGAGGCUACAAACUUAACUACACUGCACUCCUAAGCUAGAAAAAACUGUAAGAAAACAAAGUCACUCCAAAAGGGAGGAAAAAGCAACAAGGCUAUGAAACAGAAGCUAGAUCUAGAAACUAAACAGGGAAAAAACUACAACAGAAAAUCACUCUUCUAAAGAGGAAACAAGAAUUAUCAAAAAUACAAACGAGGAUAUCGAGCAAGGCUGUGGACAUGAAGGCUGGAGGAACAUGAAUAAAUGAGACACUCUGGCACAGGACAAAGGGAGACGCUGACUGUAAGACACAUGAGGUUAAUGGGGAAUAGGUGGAAACAAUCAGGAAUCAGGGGAGACGUCAGACCGGAAACACGAGAGACCUGAAACGAGAGGGGAGUUAUUUUUCAAAAUAAAACAUGAAAAUGACAAGAAAGAAAAACCAGGACAAGACACCCCUCACUGCUUUGUGACACUUUGUUUAUAACAAAGGCAACACAAACUACUUACAUGUGGUUGUUGUUGUUUACCUGACAUUAUCUAAUGACUACAGGACUUGACUGUUUUUAAGGGAUGAAUGAAUGCACUGUAUGCACUGUAUUGUAAUCUUUUAACCCCCUGCACUUAAUGCAAUCUAAUGGGAGAGCGAACAGCCAAUCAGAGUGUACUUCCGCCAGCUCUUUGAUUAGUUGGCUUUGUGGCACAAUUGUAACGUGUGUGCCAAGCUGUGCGCAAAGUAGAGGAUGACAUUUCCUGUGGGUCACGUGAUUACUGCGGGAAUCCCAUGGGAUGGGAGUCAUGUUUUAAUUAAUCCCGUGAUCAGGACGGGAUGGGAAAAAAAGCAACGGGAGACGGCAGGAGCGGGAACAACAUUUAUAGAUGAUCAUUUUCAGCCGUGUUAAACAACCAGAUGAACAGAUGCAUCCAUUUUUGUAGUCAUCUCUCAGUGAGAGCCAACCCUCUUGACCGCGCUAGCAACACAAAAGAACUACUACAGUGGUUUGACUUCCUGUCAGCCGGGAGCACGGCUGCGCAUUCGUACCCUUCAAGCCAGGAGCGCGGAUACGUCAUUUUGUGACAUUCUGUAGUUCUUUAAUCAUUUCUGGAGUUGUGGCGAAUCAAAUCACCUUACCCGUCUGCUUCUGAUAGGCAAAUAAAGCACUCAGAUUCAUGCUCGGAUCUUGCUACGUGCUCCAAGAGUAAAGUAAACAACGACAGAGGCAGAGAGCAGCUUCGGAGGAGAAACAUCCAGCAGUGUGAACAACUUCUUCAUAUUGAGGUCUUUGGUUCACACUAUCAGCGUUUUCUCUGAGUGCUGCAUGACUUUGGGUGAGCACAGAGAUGAACACGCUGUCAGACACGUAUGAAUUUAUUCAUUUUUCUAGUUUUAAGUCCAGGGGCCUCAUGUAUCAACGCUUGCGGCGCAAGAAAACCUUGCGUACGCCAAAAUCGGCGCACACGUCCAGAUUUAUCAUCGCGAAACGAGCGUCGGUUCCAGCGCUAAUCAACGCAAAGUCAGGAGGUGGUGUAGAAAUUGGCGUUGAGCUGGAUAUUUGCGUUGACUGUGAUUCGCACUUUGGCGACGCUGUGUGGCGGUGUUUGGUGAUUCACUAUGUGAUAAGCGUGCACCACAUCCCCGUGGCCGGGCAGCACGUCGCCCCACAUGACGAACCAGCAGCAGACGGAGGGAUGCGAGCUGAUCCCUGCCGGGCCGCCGUCCUCGCGCGGGAGAAUCUCAUCGCCACAGUGUGAAUGGGUAAGAAGUGAAUACACAGUUCAAUGAGCCAAAUUAAUUUAUUUUCUCCACCAGACGCUCGAGGAAAUUUACGAGCCGGUCCAGCCGCUCGUUGAUCCCCGCGAUCCCCCUGAUGAUUUCUUCCUGCGAUUGCAGGACCCCCUCCGCGAGGACCCUUCCACUGCGUCCGGGUGGUCCAGCGGAAGCGCCGCGGCUGGUGGACGCUCCACCGCUUGUCGGCGCGCUGGUGCUGAUGCUGGUGCUGGGGCCGGGGGCCGGGGUGGCCCGAAUGCCGCUGGUCCUGGCCGACGACUCCGAGCCGGCGGACGGGCUGCCGCGGGCCAGGGUUUCUCAAGCCGGCGACACGGCCGACACAUUAAUUUCUGUGACACAAUAAAAAUAUUAGUUCAUUUCAAUUCCUGCUUCUGUGUAUCUGUUGCGUUUACAUCUCUCUCCACGGUAUCAUAGGUAAUGUAAUCCAGUAUUUCGAGGUCAGUUAUGCACAUUACAGUUGUUUAUUGCAUAAAAAGUUAUCGAAAAAUGAAGUGAAGGGCGAAGUAUAAGUCACGUCUAAAAAUAGACUGAAUCCCGACGUUGAAAUGAAGUAUAAACUUAGACUAGACGUCUAAUAUACGUCUUUUGCUCAGUGGGAUGACAAAGCAUGUGGACAUUUGUGUGACACGCCACUUACCCUAUAAUAAUAAUCGCCACCACCCGCUGCUCAAACGGUGUGAGGGUCUCCUCCCCCGGACCCCCAUCUGUCUGGCCGGUACUCCUCCGGAGGGCAGCUUUACGCCGCUUGACCUCCACCUUGAGGUCCGACCACUUUUUUUUAAUCUACGCGGGGGUGCGUGUCUCGGAACCCACCGCGUUCACCCUCUUGCAAACUUUCUCCCACUCCAAGCGUUUUUGUUUUGCACUGACGCCACUGGACAGGCUGCCAAACAAAACACGCUGUCGCUCCUCCACCUCCGCCACCAGCUCCUCCACCUCGCACGCCGUAAAUGUAGUUUUUCUUGUCAUUUUGUCUGCGUGCGAGGACAGGGAGACCCUAUUUAAAUAAAUCUGCAUAUUUAUAGGAGGGCGUAACGGGGACGGGCCCAGUCACUCCGACAUCUGCGCUCAAUUCCACGCUGAUUGGGAUUUAUCAAGGAAACACACGUGGAUUUCGGCGCCCGCACACAUUGAUACAUACGGAUUUUUUUCAGCGUGACGGACCUUGCGUGCGCUCGUUUCUGGUAUGAGUUCCACGCAAGUGUUGAUACAUGAGGCCCCUGGUCUUGUACUGGCAUUAUACUAGGGCAGCUGCAUACCCUUUCAACACUUUAUUUCUUAUAUUUACAUUUGUGUUGAAUGGACACUUUAUCAUGACUGCCACUUGUUUUACAGAAAGCAAAUAGUUUAUUAUUCUCCAGUGCAGAGUCUUUACUUUUAUUUAUAUAGCCAUUUUAAUUCAUUUAAGUUUGUUUCUUCAAUGUUUUCAAAAAUAUGAUGAAGGUUCCAAAAAAAUAAUAGAUAGCUUUCUUGAAAGCCACACCUGUAAACUCUGAAAUACUUUUUGAAUUCUGUUUCUAUCUGCGACAGAGGCUGAGAUAUCAGCUUUUUUGUACACCUCAACAGUUUAGAAAACCUCAGGAUCUGGGGGCCCUUCUCAAAAUGGCCCUCAGGAUUUCAGAGGCGCAGCUCAGACGGCUUGGAGGGGGUCUUGCCCGGGGAGUAAAUUAUUCUAGAAACGCCACUCUCUCUCUCUCUCUAUACACUCACCGACCACUUUAUUAGGUACACCUGUCCAACUGCUCGUUAACACUUAAUUUCUAAUCAGCCAAUCACAUGGCGGCAACUUAGUGCAUUUAGGAAUGUAGACAUGGUCAAGACAAUCUCCUGCAGUUCAAACCGAGCAUCAGUAUGGGGAAGAAAGGUGAUUUGAGUGACUUUGAACGUGGCAUGGUUGUUGGUGCCAGAAGGGCUGGUCUGAGUAUUUCAGAAACUGCUGAUCUACUGGGAUUUUCACGCACAACCAUCUCUAGGGUUUACAGAGAAUGGUCCGAAAAAGAAAAAAUAUCCAGUGAGCAGCAGUUCUGUGGGCGGAAAUGCCUUGUUGAUGCCAGAGGUCAGAGGAGAAUGGCCAGACUGGUUCGAGCUGAUAGAAAGGCAACAGUGACUCAAAUAACCACCCGUUACAACCAAGGUAGGCAGAAGAGCAUCUCGGAACGCACAGUACGUCGAACUUUGAGGCAGAUGGGCUACAGCAGCAGAAGACCACGCGGGGUGCCACUCCUUUCAGCUAAGAACAGGAAACUGAGGCUACAAUUUGCACAAGCUCAUCGAAAUUGGACAAUAGAAGAUUGGAAAAACGUUGCCUGGUCUGAUGAGUCUCGAUUUCUGCUGCGACAUUCGGAUGGUAGGGUCAGAAUUUGGCGUCAACAACAUGAAAGCAUGGAUCCAUCCUGCCUUGUAUCAACGGUUCAGGCUGGUGGUGGUGGUGUCAUGGUGUGGGGAAUAUUUUCUUGGCACUCUUUGGGCCCCUUGGUACCAAUUGAGCAUCGUUGCAACGCCACAGCCUAGCUGAGUAUUGUUGCUGACCAUGUCCAUCCCUUUAUGACCACAAUGUACCCAACUUCUGAUGGCUACUUUCAGCAGGAUAAUGCGCCAUGUCAUAAAGCUGGUCUUAUCUCAGACUGGUUUCUUGAACAUGACAAUGAGUUCACUGUACUCAAAUGGCCUCCACAGUCACCAGAUCUCAAUCCAAUAGAGCAUCUUUGGGAUGUGGUGGAACGGGAGAUUCGCAUCAUGGAUGUGCAGCCGACAAAUCUGCGGCAACUGUGUGAUGCCAUCAUGUCAAUAUGGACCAAGCUCUCUGAGGAAUGCUUCCAGCACCUUGUUGAAUCUAUGCCACGAAGAAUUGAGGCAGUUCUGAAGGCAAAAGGGGGUCCAACCCGUUACUAGCAUGGUGUACCUAAUAAAGUGGCCGGUGAGUGUAUAUAUAUAUGCACUUUGUUUACACCAACCGAAUGUCAGGCAUGUGGAACUUAAAGGCAAUGCUUUUUAUAUGCACUGCACUUUUAUCUGAAAUAAAAAAUGCAAUGUUUUUUCAACAUGUUUGGUUUUAUCCAAACAGGAGCGGGACAGGAGUGGGAGUAAUUUUGAGUGGGAACAGGAUGGGAGUGGGACUCAUUCUACGGGAGUGAGACAGGACGGGAUCAAUUUUUUUACUCCGGUCCGGGUUUGGGACGUGAUUUUUUCUCUGGGAGUGGGAUGGGACAGGAGUGAAAAUCCACUCCUGUGUCGUGCUCUAGCACGAAAAGAGGAAAAACCUGAGCGUGCAGAGGGUGAGAUGUUGAGCGAGAGAGGGAGGGGGGAAGUGAGCGCGUCAUGUAAACACAUUAAUGGUGCAGAGAAUAGAUUUUUUUUUGCUCGAUAUUUUUCUGUGCUCAAAAUUUGUCAUUGUGCUCAGAAUCUAUCAUUGCUCGCAUUUGUUUGCUUAAUAUAUUUUUCUGUGCUCAAAAUCUAUCAUUGCUCGCUCAAAAUCUUUCAUUGCUCUCUCAGGAUACUGGAACACAUAUAAUUCCAUAAAACUCAAGUUCAACAAACACCACAAACUCAAGUUUAAACAUGCCAGAAACUCAAGUUCAAAAAAUGCCACAACUUCAAUGGCUUCAAACACCACAAACUCAAGUUCAACAAAUGCCACAAACUCAAGUUCAACAAAUGCCAAGAUUUCAAGUUCAACAAACACCAAAAACUCAAGGUCAACAAACACCACAAACACCACAAACUCAAGUUCAAAAAAAUGCCACAACCUUAAGUUCUACAAACGCCCCUAAAUCAAGUUCAACAAUUGCUCAAAACUCAAGUUCAAAAAACGCCACAAACUCAAGUUAGACAAAUGCCACAAACACAAGUUCAAAAAACGCCUCAAACUCAAGUUCAAAAAUACCACAACUUCAAGUUCAACAAACACCACAAACUCAGGUUCAACAAAUGCCACAAUUUCAAGUUCAAGACACGCCACAAACUCAAGUUCAGCAAAUGCCAAUUAACUCAAGUUUAAAGAAAGAUGCAGAGAACAUCAGCCAAUUCCGUCCAAUCUCCCUAUUAAAUGUUGAGGGCAAAAUCUUCUUCAGUGUCAUUGCACAGAGGAUGGGCGAGUAUCUGCGAAGAAACGAGUACAUCAACACAUCUGUACAGAAGGCAGGAAUCUCAGGAUUCUCCGGGUGUUCAGAACAUUCCAGCAUGAUCUGGCACCAGAUUCAAACGGCAAAGGUAGAGAGAAGGGAUCUCCACGUAGUUUUUCUGGACCUUGCCAAUGCCUUUGGCUCAGUGCCCCAUGAACUCCUGUGGUCUGCCUUCAAAUUCUUCCACAUACCAGACUCCAUCACGGCCCUGGUUAAAUCCUACUUCCAAGAUGUGCAGUUCUGCUUCAACACCACUGACUUUACCACCUCUUGGCAGCGCCUAGAAAUGGGGAUCAUGGCAGGAUGCACUAUUUCACCUCUGGCAUUUACGAUGGCAAUGGAGGUCAUUAUCCGAGCCUCAAAGUGGGUUGUAGGUGGUCAGCGGGUUGGCUCCGGUCCGCGUCUCCCGCCGCUCAGAGCGUACAUGGAUGACAUCACAACGCUGACAACCACUGUUCCAUGCACCAGGAGGCUGCUCAGAAAGCUGGAAGAGAACAUCAGUUGGGCCCGCAUGAAGAUCAAACCAUCCAAGUCACGAAGCAUCUCAAUUGUAAAGGGAGUGCUCUCUGACCUGAAAUUCUUCAUCGGAGAUGACCCAAUCCCAACAGUGUCCGAGCAGCCUGUAAAAAGCCUUGGCAGGUGGUAUGAUGCAACUCUGAAGGACAAAGACCAAGUGCAACAACUGUGCAAGGACUUCAGCAGUGGCCUACAGUCCAUUGACAACACCCAACUGCCUGGAAAGCUAGAAGCCUGGUGCUGGCAGUUUGGACUCCUACCCCGGAUGCUGUGGCCGCUGGCAGUUUAUGAGGUACCAAUCUCAACUGUAGAGAAGCUGGAAAGAACAGUCACAGGAUACAUCAAGAAAUGGCUUGGUGUUCCACGAUGCCUUACCAACAUAGGCCUCUACGGAGAUAGCAUCCUCAAAUUGCCCCUCACCAGUCUUACGGAGGAAUUCAAGUGCGCAAAAACAAGACUCCAGAUGACGCUGAAUGAAUCCAGAGACACAGUGGUGAGCAACAAUGCACCAACCCUAACAACUGGCCGCAAGUGGAGACCAACCAAAGCAGUGGAGGAGGCAACUGCCGCCCUCAAACAUGCUGACAUUGUGGGCCAUGUCCAGCAAGGAAGAGGAGGCCUUGGACUAACAGCCACCCGCCCAGCUUGGAGUAAGACCACAGCAACAGAACGGAGGAAGAUGGUGGUGGAGGAGGUACGACGCCAGGAGGAGGCUGUACGAUGGGCCAAGGCAGUGUCUCUAGGCAAGCAGGGACAGUGGACAAAAUGGGACAGCAUGGAGAGGAGGAAGAUCAACUGGAAGGACAUGUGGGCCAUGGAAGCGAGACAGCUGAGCUUUUCCAUCAGAGCUAUAUACGACGUCCUUCCAUCACCAGUUAACCUUCACCAGUGGUUUGGUGAAGACCCGAGGUGUGCCCUAUGUUCCAUGCCAGCCACCCUCAGACACAUUCUCACAGGGUGUAAAACCAGUCUCACCCAAGGACGGUAUACAUGGCGUCACAACCAGGUCCUAAAGGUCCUUGCAUCCACUCUAGAGGACAAACGAGCUGCCACCAACUCCCUACCACCACCAGCAUCCAACCAACAACCGGCAACUACCUUUGUCCAUGAGGGGGCUAAGGUAGCCAGAAGCUGCUCCACACCAUCUGAGCGAGGCCAGCUACGCCUAGCCCGUGACUGGAGGAUGAUGGCUGAUAUUGGCCGACAGCUGGUUUUUCCUCCAGAAAUUGCUACAACCACCCUGAGACCUGACCUGGUGCUGUGGUCCCCUUCCCUAAAGAAGGUGUACAUCAUCGAGCUCACAGUACCCUGGGAGGACGCAGUGGAUGAGGCGUAUGAGCGAAAACACCUACGCUACGCCGAUCUCGCUGCUGAAGCACAACACCGUGGCUGGAGUGCUGAAGUCCGCCCAGUGGAGGUGGGAUGUAGAGGAUUUGUGGCAAGAUCUACCACCAGACUGUUCGCUGACCUGGGAGUCAGAGGCCAGAACCAGCGCUCAGCCAUCAAAGCUACAUCGGAGGCAGCUGAAAGAAGCAGCCAGUGGCUUUUCAUGAGGCGGAAGGACCCCUGUUGGGCCCCGAAGUAGCAAGCCCUCAGGUAUGCGGUCAGCUUCGGCUUGACUCAGGGAGUAGGACGCCCCUGCCUUGCAUAGUCCCACGAGAGAAGGUACCAUCUAUCUUGUGACGAGUCUGGACUCACGCAAGCACAGGUCUGAUCAGCCUGUAGCUGGCCACCUUGGGGAGGGUGUAUAGUGUAGAGGCCGAAACAUCCCAGGAACCAAGGCUACACUACUGAUGAUGCGUAUCCAGCUCCCAUUCUCCAUCAUUCAUCACCAAGAUGACAAGAAGAUGUUCUACCAUUCAUCACUCUUAAGCAUGUGCUCGCACAAAGGAAUUUAACAUCUUAUCCUGUGUUUGAUAAAUUAAAAUUAAGGGGAAUUACCGUCAGGAAGCCCAAACAGCCCAAAUAUAUUUUUUUUCAUUUUUCAUUUUUUUUUGGUCUAACUAAAUCCAAGUGGUCUGAAACAUGUUCCUUAAAAAAUAUUGGACAGUGAUUUUAACCCUAACGCCAAAAACCUUAAACCUUACCCAAGCCCCAAAACCUAAUACCCGGGUAUUACCUUCAGGAAGCCCGAAGACCCGAAAUAUUUUUUUUUCAUUUUUCUUUUUUUUUUAGUCAAACUAAAUCCAAAAGGUUGGAAAAGAGUUCUUAUAAAGGUUUUGGACAGUGAUUUUAACCCUAACGCCAAAAACCUUAAACCUUAACUUAGCCCCAAAACCUGAUACCCGGGUAUUACCUUCAGGAAGCCCGAACACCCCAAAUAUUUUUUUUUCAUUUUUCUUUUUUCUUUGGUCUAACUAACUCCAAAAGGUUGGAAAAGAGUUCCUACAAAGGUUUUGGACAGUGAUUUUAACCCUAACGCCAAAAACCUUAAACCUUACCAUAGCCCCAUAACCUAAUACCUGGGUAUUACCAUCAGGAAGCCCGAAAACCCCCAAUUUUUUUUUCCUUUUUCAUUUUUUUUUUGGUCUAACUCACUCCAAAAGGUUGGAAAAGAGUUUCUACAAAGGUUUUGGAUGGUGAUUUUAACCCUAACGCCAAAAACCUUAAACCUUACCAUAGCCCCAUGACCUAAUAGCUGGGUAUUACCUUCAGGAAGCCUGAAAACCCGAAAUAUUUUUUUUUCAUUUUUCAUUUUUUUUUUGUCUAAAUAACUCCAAAAGGUUGGAACAGAGUUCCUACAAAGGUUUUGGACAGUGAUUUUAACCCUAACGCCAAAAACCUUAAACCUUAACCUAGCCCCAUAACCUAAUACCCUUGUAUUGCCUUCAGGAAGCCUGAAAACCCCAAAGUUUUUUUUUUCUUUUUUCUUUUUUUUUUUGGUCCAGCUAACUCCAAAAGGUUGGAAAAGAGUUCCUACAUAGGUUUUGGACACUGAUUUUAACCCUCACGCCAAAAACCUUAAACCUCACCAUAGCCCCAUAACCUAAUACCCGGGUAUUACCUUCAGGAAGCCCGAACACCCCAAAUAUAUAUUUUUUAUUUAUAUUUUUUUUGGUCUAACUAACUCCAAAAGGUUGGAAAAGAGUUCCUACAAAGGUUUUUGACAGUGAUUUUAACCCUAACGCCAAAAACCUUAAACAUUUCCAAAGCCCCAUAACCUAAUACCCGGUAUUACCUUCAGGAAGCCCGAAAACCCCCAAUUUUUUUUUUCAUUUUUCAUUUUUUUUUUGUUCCAGCUAACUCCAAAAGGUUGGAAAAGAGUUCCUAUAAACGUUUUGGACAGUGAUUUUAACCCUAACGCCAAAAAACUUAAACCUUACCCUAGCCCCAAAACCUGAUACCCCGGGUAUUACCUUCAGGAAGCCCGAAAACCCCAAAUAUUUUUUUUUCUUUUUUCUUUUUUUUUUUUGGUCUAAAUGACUCCAAAAGGUUGGAAAAGAUUUCCUACAAAGGUUUUGGACAGUGAUUUUAACCUUAAUGCCAAAAACCUUAAACCUCCAAAGCCCCAUAACCUCAUACCCAGGUAUUGCCUUCAGGACGCCUGAAAACCCCAAAUUUUUUUUUUCUUUUUUCUUUUUUUUUUGGUCUAAGUUACUCCAAAAGGUUGGAAAAGAGUUCCUACAAAGGUUUUGGACAAUGAUUUUAACCCUCACGCCAAAAACCUUAAACCUUACCCUAGCCCCAUAACCUAAUACCCGGGUAUUACUUUCAGGAAGCCCGAAGACCCGAAAUAUUUUUUAUUUUUAUUUUUUUUUUAGUCAAACUAAAUCCAAAAGGUUGGAAAAGAGUUCUUAUAAAGGUUUUGGACAGUGAUUUUAACCCUAACGCCAAAAACCUUAAACCUUAACCUAGCCCCAAAACCUGAUACCCAGGUAUUACCUUCAGGAAGCCCGAACACCCCAAAUAUUUUUUUUUCAUUUUUCUUUUUUUUUUGGUCUAACUAACUCCAAAAGGUUGGAAAAGAGUUCCUACAAAGGUUUUGGACAGUGAUUUUAACCCUAACGCCAAAAACCUUAAACCUUACCAUAGCCCCAUAACCUAAUACCUGGGUAUUACCAUCAGGAAGCCCGAAAACCCCCAAUUUUUUUUUCCUUUUUCAUUUUUUUUUUGGUCUAACUCACUCCAAAAGGUUGGAAAAGAGUUUCUACAAAGGUUUUGGAUGGUGAUUUUAACCCUAACGCCAAAAACCUUAAACCUUACCAUAGCCCCAUGACCUAAUAGCUGGGUAUUACCUUCAGGAAGCCUGAAAACCCGAAAUAUUUUUUUUUCAUUUUUCAUUUUUUUUUUUGUCUAAAUAACUCCAAAAGGUUGGAACAGAGUUCCUACAAAGGUUUUGGACAGUGAUUUUAACCCUAACGCCAAAAACAUUAAACAUUUCCAAAGCCUCAUAACCAAAUACCCGGUAUUACCUUCAGGAAGCUUGAAAACCCCCAAUUUUUUUUUUCAUUUUUCAUUUUUUUUUUGUUCCAGCUAACUCCAAAAGGUUGGAAAAGAGUUCCUAUAAACGUUUUGGACAGUGAUUUUAACCCUAACGCCAAAAACCUUAAACCUUACCCUAGCCCCAAAACCUAAUACCCGGGUAUUACCUUCAGGAAGCCCGAAGACCCCAAAUAUUUUUUUUUCAUUUUUCGUUUUUUUUUUUUGGUCUAAUUAACUCCAAAAGUUCGGAAAAGAGUUCCUACAAAGGUUUUGGACAGUGAUUUUAACCCUAACGCCAAAAACCUUAAACCUAACCAUAGCCCCAUAACCUAAUACCCGGGAAUAACCUUCAGGAAGCCCGAACACCCCAAAUAUAUAUUUUUUAAUUUUAUUUUUUUUGGUCUAACUAACUCCAAAAGGUUCGAAAAGAGUUCCUACAAAGGUUUUGGACAGUGAUUUUAACCCUAACGUCAAAAACCUUAAACCUUUCCAAAGCCCCAUAACCUAAUACCCGGGUAUUACCUUCAGGAAGCCCGAACACCCCAAAUAUGUUUUUUUAAUUUUUCUUUUUUUUUUGGUCUAACUCACUCCAAAAGGUUGGAAAAGAGUUUCUACAAAGGUUUUGGAUGGUGAUUUUAACCCUAACGCCAAAAACCUUAAACCUUACCAUAGCCCCAUGACCUAAUACCUGGGUAUUACCUUCAGGAAGCCUGAAAACCCGAAAUAUUUUUUUUUCUUUUUUCUUUUUUUUUUUGGUCUAAAUAACUCAAAAAGGUUGGAACAGAGUUCCUACAAAGGUUUUGGACAGUGAUUUUAACCCUAACGCCAAAAACCUUAAACCUAACCAUAGCCCCAUAACCAAAUACCCGGGUAUUACCUUCAGGAAGCCCGAAAACCCCAAUUUUUUUUUUCUUUGUUCUUUUUUUUUUGGUCUAAUUAACUCCAAAAGGUUGGAAACGAGUUCCUACAAAGGUUUUGGACAGUGAUUUUUACCCUCACGCCAAAAACCUUAAACCUUACCCUAGCCCCAUAACCUAAUACCCGGGUAUUAACCUCAGGAUGCCCGAAAACCCCAAAUAUUUUUUUUUCAUUUUCAUUUUUUUUUUGGUCUAACUCCAAAAGGUUUGAAUAGAGUUCCUACAAAGGUUUUGUUAGUGAUUUUAACCCCUUACGCCAAAAACCUUAAACCUUACCAUAGCCCCAUAACCUAAUACCCGGGGAUUACCUUCAGGAAGCCCGAACACCCCAAAUAUUUUUUUUUUCAUUUUACAUUUUUUUUUGUGUAACCAACUCCAAAAGGUCUGAAACAUGUUCCUAAAAAGGUUUUGGACAGUGAUUUUAAUCCUAACGCCAAAAACCUUAAACCUUACCCUAGACCCAAAACCUAAUCCUGGGUAUUACCUUCAGGAAGCCUGAACACCCCAAAUAUUUUUUUUUCCUUUUCCAUUUUUUUUUUGGUGUAACCAACUCCAAAAGUUCUGAAACAAGUUCCUAAAAAAGAUUUGGACAGUGAUUUUAACCCUAACACCAAAAACCUUAAACCUUACCCUAGCCCCAUAACCUAAUACCCGGGUAUUACCUUCAGGAAGCCCGAACAACCCAAAUAUUUUUUUUUCAUUUUUCAUUUUUUUUUGGUCCAACUAACUCCAAAAGGUUGGAAACGAGUUUCUACAAAGGUUUUGGACAGUGAUUCAACCCAAACGCCAAGAACUUUAAGCCUUACCCUAGCCCCAAAACCUAAUACCCGGGUAAUACCUUCAGGAAGCCCGAACACCCCAAAUAUUUUUUUUUAUUUUUAAUUUUUUUUUGGUCUAAUUAACUCCAAAAGUUUGGAAAAGAGUUCCUACAAAGGUUUUGGACAGUGAUUUUAACCCUAACGCCAAAAACCUUAAACCUAACCAUAGCCCCAUAACCUAAUACCCGGGUAUUACCUUCAGGAAGCCCGAACACCCCAAAUAUGUUUUUUUAAUUUUUCUUUUUUUUUUGGUCUAACUCACUCCAAAAGGUUGGAAAAGAGUUUCUACAAAGGUUUUGGAUGGUGAUUUUAACCCUAACGCCAAAAACCUUAAACCUUACCAUAGCCCCAUGGCCUAAUAGCUGGGUAUUACCUUCAGGAAGCCUGAAAACCCGAAAUAUUUUUUUUUCAUUUUUCAUUUUUUUUUUUGGUCUAAAUAACUCAAAAAGGUUGGAACAGAGUUCCUACAAAGGUUUUGGACAGUGAUUUUAACCCUAACGCCAAAAACCUUAAACCUAACCAUAGCCCCAUAACCAAAUACCCGGGUAUUACCUUCAGGAAGCCCGAAAACCCCCAAUUUUUUUUUUCUUUGUUCUUUUUUUUUUGGUCUAAUUAACUCCAAAAGGUUGGAAACGAGUUCCUACAAAGGUUUUGGACAGUGAUUUUUACCCUCAACGCCAAAAACCUUAAACCUUACCCUAGCCCCAUAACCUAAUACCCGGGUAUUACCUUCAGGAAGCCCGAACACCCCAAAUAUAUAUUUUUUAAUUUUAUUUUUUUUGGUCUAACUAACUCCAAAAGGUUCAAAAAGAGUUCCUACAAAGGUUUUGGACAGUGAUUUUAACCCUAACGUCAAAAACCUUAAACCUUUCCAAAGCCCCAUAACCUAAUACCCGGGUAUUACCUUCAGGAAGCCCGAACACCCCAAAUAUGUUUUUUUAAUUUUUCUUUUUUUUUUGGUCUAACUCACUCCAAAAGGUUGGAAAAGAGUUUCUACAAAGGUUUUGGAUGGUGAUUUUAACCCUAACGCCAAAAACCUUAAACCUUACCAUAGCCCCAUGACCUAAAAGCUGGGUAUUACCUUCAGGAAGCCUGAAAACCCGAAAUAUUUUUUUUUCAUUUUUCAUUUUUUUUUUGGUCUAAAUAACUCAAAAAGGUUGGAACAGAGUUCCUACAAAGGUUUUGGACAGUGAUUUUAACCCUAACGCCAAAAACCUUAAUCCUAACCAUAGCCCCAUAACCAAAUACCCGGGUAUUACCUUCAGGAAGCCCGAAAACCCCCAAUUUUUUUUUUCUUUGUUCUUUUUUUUUUGGUCUAAUUAACUCCAAAAGGUUGGAAAAGAGUUCCUACAAAGGUUUUGGACAGUGAUUUUAACCCUAACGCCAAAAAACUUAAACCUUACCAUAGCCCCAAAACCUAAUACCCGGGUAUUACUUUCAGGGAGCCCGAAAACCCCCAAUAAUAUUUUUUUCUUUUUUCAUAUUUUUUGGUCUAACUAACUCCAAAAGGUUGGAAAAGAGUUCCUACAAAGGUUUUGGACAGUGAUUUUAACCCUAACGCCAAAAAACUUAAACCUUUCCCUGGCCUUAAAAUCUAAUACCCGGGUAUUACAUUCAGGAAGCCCGUAAACCCCAAAUAUUUUUUUUUUCAUUUUUCUUUUUUUUUUUUUGGUCUAACUAACUCUAAAAGGUUGUUAAAGAGUUCCUACAAAGGUUUUGGACAGUGAUUUUAAACCCUAACGCCAAAACCUUAAACCUUACCAUAGCCCCAUAACCUAAUACCCGGGUAUUACUUUUAGGAAGCCUGAACACCCCAAAUAUUUUUUUUUAAUUUUUCUUUUUUUUUUGGUCUAACUAACUCCAAAAGGUUGGAAAAGAGUUCCUACAAAGGUUUUGGACAGUGAUUUUAACCCUAAUGCCAAAACCCUUAAACCUUUCCCUAGUCCCAAAACCUAAUACAUGGGUAUUACUUUCAGGGAGCCCAAAAACCCCCAAUAAUAUUUUUUUCUUUUUUCAUAUUUUUUGGUCUAACUAACUCCAAAAGGUUGGAAAAGAGUUCCUACAAAGGUUUUGGACAGUGAUUUUAACCCUAACGCCAAAAAACUUAAACCUUACCCUAGCCUUAAAAUCUAAUACCCGGGUAUUACAUUCAGGAAGCCCGAAAACCCCCAAUAAUAUUUUUUUCUUUUUUCAUUUUUUUUUGGUCUAACUAACUCCAAAAGGUUGGAAAAGAGUUCCUACAAAGGUUUUGGACAGUGAUUUUAACCCUAACGCCAAAAAACUUAAACCUUUCCCUGGCCUUAAAAUCUAAUACCCGGGUAUUACAAUCAGGAAGCCCGAAAACCCCCAAUAAUAUUUUUUUCUUUUUUCAUAUUUUUUGGUCUAACUAACUCCAAAAGGUUGGAAAAGAGUUCCUACAAAGGUUUUGGACAGUGAUUUUAACCCUAACGCCAAAAAACUUAAACCUUACCCUAGCCUUAAAAUCUAAUACCCGGGUAUUACAUUCAGGAAGCCCGUAAACCCCAAAUAUUUUUUUUUUCAUUUUUCAUUUUUUUUUUGGUCUAACUAACUCCAAAAGGUUGAAAAAGAGUUCCUACAAAGGUUUUGGACAGUGAUUUUAAACCUAACGCCAAAACGUUAAACCUUACCAUAGCCCCAUAACCUAAUACGUAUUACUUUUAGGAAGCCUGAACACCCCAAAUAUUUUUUUUUCAUUUUUCUUUUUUUUUUUUGGUCUAACUAACUCCAAAAGGUUGGAAAAGAGUUCCUACAAAGGUUUUGGACAGUGAUUUUAACCCUAACGCCAAAAAACUUAAACCUUACCAUAGCCCCAAAACCUAAUACCCGGGUAUUACUUUCAGGGAGCCCGAAAACCCCCAAUAAUAUUUUUUUCUUUUUUCAUACUUUUUGGUCUAACUAACUCCAAAAGGUUGGAAAAGAGUUCCUACAAAGGUUUUGGACAGUGAUUUUAACCCUAACGCCAAAAAACUUAAACCUUUCCCUGGCCUUAAAAUCUAAUACCCGGGUAUUACAUUCAGGAAGCCCGUAAACCCCAAAUAUUUUUUUUUUCAUUUUUCAUUUUUUUUUUGGUCUAACUAACUCCAAAAGGUUGAAAAAGAGUUCCUACAAAGGUUUUGGACAGUGAUUUUAACCCUAAUGCCAAAACCCUUAAACCUUUCCCUAGUCCCAAAACCUAAUACAUGGGUAUUACUUUCAGGGAGCCCAAAAACCCCCAAUAAUAUUUUUUUCUUUUUCAUAUUUUUUGGUCUAACUAACUCCAAAAGGUUGGAAAAGAGUUCCUACAAAGGUUUUGGACAGUGAUUUUAACCCUAACGCCAAAAACCUUAAACCUUACCCUAGCCUUGAAAUCUAAUACCCGGGUAUUACCUUCAGGAAGCCUGAACACCCCAAAUAUUUUUUUCUUCAUUUUACAUUUUUGUUGGUCUAACCAACUCCAAAAGGUUGGAAAAGAGUUCCUACAAAGGUUUUGGACAGUGAUUUUAACCCUAAUGCCAAAAAACUUAAACCUUACCCUAGCCUCAAAAUCUAAUACCCGGGUAUUACAUUCAGGAACCCCGAAAACCCCAAAUAUUGUUUUUUAAUUUUUCAUUUUUUUUUGGUCUAACUAACUCCAAAAGGUUGGAAAAGAGUUCCUACAAAGGUUUUGGACAGUGAUUUUAACCCUAACGCCAAAAAACUUAAACCUUACCCUAGCCCCAAAACCUAAUACCCGGGUAUUACUUUCAGGGAGCCCGAAAACCCCCAAUAAUAUUUUUUUCUUUUUUCAUUUUUUUUGGUCUAACUAACUCCAAAAGGUUGGAAAAGAGUUCCUACAAAGGUUUUGGACAGUGAUUUUAACCCUAACGCCAAAAAACUUAAACCUUACCCUGGCCUUAAAAUCUAAUACCCGGGUAUUACAUUCAGGAAGCCCGUAAACCCCAAAUAUUUUUUUUUUCAUUUUUCAUUUUUUUUUGGUCUAACUAACUCCAAAAGGUUGAAAAAGAGUUCCUACAAAGGUUUUGGACAGUGAUUUUAACCCUAACGCCAAAAACCUUAAACCUUACCAUAGCCCCAUAACCUAAUACCCGGGUAUUACUUUUAGGAAGCCUGAACACCCCAAAUAUUUUUUUUUCAUUUUUCUUUUUUUUUUGGUCUAACUAACUCCAAAAGGUUGGAAAAGAGUUCCUACAAAGGUUUUGGACAGUGAUUUUAACCCUAACGCCAAAAAACUUAAACCUUACCAUAGCCCCAAAACCUAAUACCCGGGUAUUACUUUCAGGGAGCCCGAAAACCCCCAAUAAUAUUUUUUUCUUUUUUCAUACUUUUUGGUCUAACUAACUCCAAAAGGUUGGAAAAGAGUUCCUACAAAGGUUUUGGACAGUGAUUUUAACCCUAACGCCAAAAAACUUAAACCUUACCCUAGCCUUAAAAUCUAAUACCCGGGUAUUACAUUCAGGAAGCCCGAAAACCCCAAAUAUUUUUUUUUCAUUUUUCAUAUUUUUUUGGUCUAACUAACUCCAAAAGGUUGGAAAAGAGUUCCUACAAAGGUUUUGGACAGUGAUUUUAACCCUUAUGCCAAAAACCUUAAACCUUUCCCCAGUCCCAAAACCUAAUACCUGGGUAUUACCUUCAGGAAGCCCGAAAACCCCCAAUAAUAUUUUUUUCUUUUUUCAUAUUUUUUGGUCUAACUAACUCCAAAAGGUUGGAAAAGAGUUCCUACAAAGGUUUUGGACAGUGAUUUUAACCCUAACGCCAAAAAACUUAAACCUUACCAUAGCCCCAAAACCUAAUACCCGGGUAUUACUUUCAGGGAGCCCGAAAACCCCCAAUAAUAUUUUUUUCUUUUUUCAUAUUUUUUGGUCUAACUAACUCCAAAAGGUUGGAAAAGAGUUCCUACAAAGGUUUUGGACAGUGAUUUUAACCCUAACGCCAAAAAACUUAAACCUUUCCCUGGCCUUAAAAUCUAAUACCCGGGUAUUACAUUCAGGAAGCCCGUAAACCCCAAAUAUUUUUUUUUUCAUUUUUCAUUUUUUUGGUCUAACUAACUCCAAAAGGUUGGAAAAGAGUUCCUACAAAGGUUUUGGACAGUGAUUUUAACCCUAAUGCCAAAACCCUUAAACCUUUCCCUAGUCCCAAAACCUAAUACAUGGGUAUUACUUUCAGGAAGCCCGAAAACCCCCAAUAUUAUUUUUUUCUUUUUUCAUACUUUUUGGUCUAACUAACUCCAAAAGGUUGGAAAAGAGUUCCUACAAAGGUUUUGGACAGUGAUUUUAAACCUAACGCCAAAACGUUAAACCUUACCAUAGCCCCAUAACCUAAUACCCGGGUAUUACUUUUAGGAAGCCUGAACACCCCAAAUAUAUUUUUUUUAAUUUUUCAUUUUUUUUUGGUCUAACUAACUCCAAAAGGUUGAAAAAGAGUUCCUACAAAGGUUUUGGACAGUGAUUUCAACCCUAACGCCAAAAACCUUAAACCUUUCCCUGGCCUUAAAAUCUAAUACCCGGGUAUUACAUUCAGGAAGCCCGAAAACCCCAAAUAUUUUUUUUUUCAUUUUUCAUUUUUUUUUCUGGUCUAACUAACUCCAAAAGGUUGAAAAAGAGUUCCUACAAAGGUUUUGGACAGUGAUUUUAAACCUAACGCCAAAACCUUAAACCUUACCAUAGCCCCAUAACCUAAUACCCGGGUAUUACUUUUAGGAAGCCUGAACACCCCAAAUAUUUUUUUUUCAUUUUUCAUUUUUUUUUGGUCUAACUAACUCCAAAAGGUUGGAAAAGAGUUCCUACAAAGGUUUUGGACAGUGAUUUUAACCCUAAUGCCAAAACCCUUAAACCUUUCCCUAGUCCCAAAACCUAAUACAUGGGUAUUACUUUCAGGGAGCCCAAAAACCCCCAAUAAUAUUUUUUUCUUUUUUCAUAUUUUUUGGUCUAACUAACUCCAAAAGGUUGGAAAAGAGUUCCUACAAAGGUUUUGGACAGUGAUUUUAACCCUAACGCCAAAAACCUUAAACCUUACCCUAGCCUUGAAAUCUAAUACCCGGGUAUUACCUUCAGGAAGCCUGAACACCCCAAAUAUUUUUUUCUUCAUUUUACAUUUUUGUUGGUGUAACCAACUCCAAAAGGUUGGAAAAGAGUUCCUACAAAGGUUUUGGACAGUGAUUUUAACCCUAACGCCAAAAAACUUAAACCUUACCCUAGCCCCAAAACCUAAUACCCGGGUAUUACUUUCAGGGAGCCCGAAAACCCCCAAUAAUAUUUUUUUCUUUUUUCAUACUUUUUGGUGUAACUAACUCCAAAAGGUUGGAAAAGAGUUCCUACAAAGGUUUUGGACAGUGAUUUUAACCCUAACGCCAAAAAACUUAAACCUUACCCUAGCCUUAAAAUCUAAUACCCGGGUAUUACAUUCAGGAAGCCCGUAAACCCCAAAUAUUGUUUUUUCAUUUUUCAUUUUUUUUUGGUCUAACUAACUCCAAAAGGUUGGAAAAGAGUUCCUACAAAGGUUUUGGACAGUGAUUUUAACCCUAACGCCAAAAAACUUAAACCUUACCAUAGCCCCAAAACCUAAUACCCGGGUAUUACUUUCAGGGAGCCCGAAAACCCCCAAUAAUAUUUUUUUCUUUUUUCAUAUUUUUUGUUCUAACUAACUCCAAAAGGUUGGAAAAGAGUUCCUACAAAGGUUUUGGACAGUGAUUUUAACCCUAACGCCAAAAAACUUAAACCUUACCAUAGCCCCAAAACCUAAUACCCGGGUAUUACUUUCAGGAAGCCCGAAAACCCCCAAUAAUAUUUUUUUCUUUUUUCAUUUUUUUUGGUCUAACUAACUCCAAAAGGUUGGAAAAGAGUUCCUACAAAGGUUUUGGACAGUGAUUUUAACCCUAACGCCAAAAAACUUAAACCUUUCCCUGGCCUUAAAAUCUAAUACCCGGGUAUUACAUUCAGGAAGCCCGUAAACCCCAAAUAUUUUUUUUUCAUUUUUCAUUUUUUUUUUGGUCUAACUAACUCCAAAAGGUUGAAAAAGAGUUCCUACAAAGGUUUUGGACAGUGAUUUUAAACCUAACGCCAAAACGUUAAACCUUACCAUAGCCCCAUAACCUAAUACCCGGGUAUUACUUUUAGGAAGCCUGAACACCCCAAAUAUUUUUUUUUCAUUUUUCUUUUUUUUUUUUUGGUCUAACUAACUCCAAAAGGUUGGAAAAGAGUUCCUACAAAGGUUUUGGACAGUGAUUUUAACCCUAACGCCAAAAAACUUAAACCUUACCAUAGCCCCAAAACCUAAUACCCGGGUAUUACUUUUAGGAAGCCUGAAAACCCCCAAUAAUAUUUUUUUCUUUUUUCAUACUUUUUGGUCUAACUAACUCCAAAAGGUUGGAAAAGAGUUCCUACAAAGGUUUUGGACAGUGAUUUUAACCCUAACGCCAAAAACUUAAACCUUUCCCUAGCCUUAAAAUCUAAUACCCGGGUAUUACAUUCAGGAAGCCCGUAAACCCCAAAUAUUUUUUUUUUCAUUUUUCUUUUUUUUUUUGGUCUAACUAACUCCAAAAGGUUGGAAAAGAGUUCCUACAAAGGUUUUGGACAGUGAUUUUAACCCUAACGCCAAAAACCUUAAACCUUACCAUAGCCCCAUAACCUAAUACCCGGGUAUUACUUUUAGGAAGCCUGAACACCCCAAAUAUAUUUUUUUUCAUUUUUCAUUUUUUUUUGGUCUAACUAAAUCCAAAAGGUUGGAAAAGAGUUCCUACAAAGGUUUUGGACAGUGAUUUUAACCCUAACGCCAAAAACCUUAAACCUUACCAUAGCCCCAUAACCUAAUACCCGGGUAUUACUUUUAGGAAGCCUGAACACCCCAAAUAUUUUUUUUUCAUUUUUCUUUUUUUUUUUGGUCUAACUAACUCCAAAAGGUUGGAAAAGAGUUCCUACAAAGGUUUUGGACAGUGAUUUUAACCCUAACGCCAAAAACCUUAAACCUUACCCUAGCCUAAAAUCUAAUACCCAGGUAUUACCUUCAGGAAGCCUGAACACCCCAAAUAUUUUUUUCUUCAUUUUACAUUUUUGUUGGUGUAACCAACUCCAAAAGGUUGGAAAAGAGUUCCUACAAAGGUUUUGGACAGUGAUUUUAACCCUAACGCCAAAAAACUUAAACCUUACCCUAGCCCCAAAACCUAAUACCCGGGUAUUACAUUCAGGAACCCCGAAAACCCCAAAUAUUGUUUUUUAAUUUUUCAUUUUUUUUUGGUCUAACUAACUCCAAAAGGUUGGAAAAGAGUUCCUACAAAGGUUUUGGACAGUGAUUUUAACCCUAACGCCAAAAAACUUAAACCUUACCAUAGCCCCAAAACCUAAUACCCGGGUAUUACUUUCAGGGAGCCCGAAAACCCCCAAUAAUAUUUUUUUCUUUUUUCAUUUUUUUGGUCUAACUAACUCCAAAAGGUUGGAAAAGAGUUCCUACAAAGGUUUUGGACAGUGAUUAUAACCCUAACGCCAAAAAACUUAAACCUUACCCUAGCCUUAAAAUCUAAUACCCGGGUAUUACAUUCAGGAACCCCGAAAACCCCAAAUAUUGUUUUUUUCAUUUUUCAUUUUUUUUUGGUCUAACUAACUCCAAAAGGUUGGAAAAGAGUUCCUACAAAGGUUUUGGACAGUGAUUUUAACCCUAACGCCAAAAAACUUAAACCUUACCAUAGCCCCAAAACCUAAUACCCGGGUAUUACUUUCAGGGAGCCCGAAAAACCCCAAUAAUAUUUUUUUCUUUUUUCAUACUUUUUGGUCUAACUAACUCCAAAAGGUUGGAAAAGAGUUCCUACAAAGGUUUUGGACAGUGAUUUUAACCCUAACGCCAAAAAACUUAAACCUUUCCCUGGCCUUAAAAUCUAAUACCCGGGUAUUACAAUCAGGAAGCCCGUAAACCCCAAAUAUUUUUUUUUUCAUUUUUCAUUUUUUUUUUGGUCUAACUAACUCCAAAAGGUUGAAAAAGAGUUCCUACAAAGGUUUUGGACAGUGAUUUUAAACCUAACGCCAAAACGUUAAACCUUACCAUAGCCCCAUAACCUAAUACCCGGGUAUUACUUUUAGGAAGCCUGAACACCCCAAAUAUUUUUUUUUCAUUUUUCUUUUUUUUUUUGGUCUAACUAACUCCAAAAGGUUGGAAAAGAGUUCCUACAAAGGUUUUGGACAGUGAUUUUAACCCUAAUGCCAAAACCCUUAAACCUUUCCCUAGUCCCAAAACCUAAUACAUGGGUAUUACAUUCAGGGAGCCUAAAAACCCCCAAUAAUAUUUUUUUCUUUUUUCAUAUUUUUUGGUCUAACUAACUCCAAAAGGUUGGAAAAGAGUUCCUACAAAGGUUUUGGACAGUGAUUUUAACCCUAACGCCAAAAACCUUAAACCUUACCCUAGCCUUGAAAUCUAAUACCCGGGUAUUACCUUCAGGAAGCCUGAACACCCCAAAUAUUUUUUUCUUCAUUUUACAUUUUUGUUGGUGUAACUAACUCCAAAAGGUUGGAAAAGAGUUCCUACAAAGGUUUUGGACAGUGAUUUUAACCCUAACGCCAAAAAACUUAAACCUUACCCUAGCCUUAAAAUCUAACACCCGGGUAUUACAUUCAGGAACCCCGAAAACCCCAAAUAUUGUUUUUUCAUUUUUCAUUUUUUUUUGGUCUAACUAACUCCAAAAGGUUGGAAAAGAGUUCCUACAAAGGUUUUGGACAGUGAUUUUAACCCUAACGCCAAAAAACUUAAACCUUACCAUAGCCCCAAAACCUAAUACCCGGGUAUUACUUUCAGGGAGCCCGAAAACCCCCAAUAAUAUUUUUUUUUCUUUUUUCAUAUUUUUUUGUUCUAACUAACUCCAAAAGGUUGGAAAAGAGUUCCUACAAAGGUUUUGGACAGUGAUUUUAACCCUAACGCCAAAAAACUUAAACCUUUCCCUGGCCUUAAAAUCUAAUACCCGGGUAUUACAAUCAGGAAGCCCGUAAACCCCAAAUAUUUUUUUUUUCAUUUUUCAUUUUUUUUUUGGUCUAACUAACUCCAAAAGGUUGGAAAAGAGUUCCUACAAAGGUUUUGGACAGUGAUUUUAACCCUAACGCCAAAAAACUUAAACCUUACCAUAGCCCCAAAACCUAAUACCCGGGUAUUACUUUCAGGAAGCCCGAACACCCCAAAUAUUUUUUUUUCAUUUUUCUUUUUUUUUUGGUCUAACUAACUCCAAAAGGUUGGAAAAGAGUUCCUACAAAGGUUUUGGACAGUGAUUUUAACCCUAACGCCAAAAAACUUAAACCUUACCAUAGCCCCAAAACCUAAUACCCGGGUAUUACUUUCAGGAAGCCCGAAAACCCCCAAUAAUAUUUUUUUCUUUUUUCAUAUUUUUUGGUCUAACUAACUCCAAAAGGUUGGAAAAGAGUUCCUACAAAGGUUUUGGACAGUGAUUUUAAACCUAACGCCAAAACGUUAAACCUUACCAUAGCCCCAUAACCUAAUACCCGGGUAUUACUUUUAGGAAGCCUGAACACCCCAAAUAUUUUUUUUUCAUUUUUCUUUUUUUUUUUUGGUCUAACUAACUCCAAAAGGUUGGAAAAGAGUUCCUACAAAGGUUUUGGACAGUGAUUUUAACCCUAACGCCAAAAAACUUAAACCUUACCAUAGCCCCAUAACCUAAUACCCGGGUAUUACUUUCAGGGAGCCCGAAAACCCCCAAUAAUAUUUUUUUCUUUUUUCAUACUUUUUGGUCUAACUAACUCCAAAAGGUUGGAAAAGAGUUCCUACAAAGGUUUUGGACAGUGAUUUUAACCCUGAUGCCAAAAAACUUAAACCUUACCCUAGCCUUAAAAUCUAAUACCCGGGUAUUACAUUCAGGAACCCCGAAAACCCCAAAUAUUGUUUUUUCAUUUUUCAUUUUUUUUUGGUCUAACUAACUCCAAAAGGUUGGAAAAGAGUUCCUACAAAGGUUUUGGACAGUGAUUUUAACCCUAACGCCAAAAAACUUAAACCUUACCCUAGCCUUAAAACCUAAUACCUGGGUAUUACAAUCAGGAAGCCCGUAAACCCCAAAUAUUUUUUUUUUCAUUUUUCAUUUUUUUUUUGGUCUAACUAACUCCAAAAGGUUGAAAAAGAGUUCCUACAAAGGUUUUGGACGGUGAUUUUAACCCUAACGCCAAAAACCUUAAACCUUACCAUAGCCCCAUAACCUAAUACCCGGGUAUUACUUUUAGGAAGCCUGAACACCCCAAAUAUUUUUUUUUCAUUUUUCUUUUUUUUUUUUGGUCUAACUAACUCCAAAAGGUUGGAAAAGAGUUCCUACAAAGGUUUUGGACAGUGAUUUUAACCCUAACGCCAAAAAACUUAAACCUUACCAUAGCCCCAAAACCUAAUACCCGGGUAUUACUUUCAGGGAGCCCGAAAACCCCCAAUAAUAUUUUUUUCUUUUUUCAUAUUUUUUGGUCUAACUAACUCCAAAAGGUUGGAAAAGAGUUCCUACAAAGGUUUUGGACAGUGAUUUUAAACCUAACGCCAAAAAACUUAAACCUUACCAUAGCCCCAUAACCUAAUACCCGGGUAUUACUUUUAGGAAGCCUGAACACCCCAAAUAUUUUUUUUUCAUUUUUCUUUUUUUUUUUGGUCUAACUAACUCCAAAAGGUUGGAAAAGAGUUCCUACAAAGGUUUUGGACAGUGAUUUUAACCCUAACGCCAAAAAACUUAAACCUUACCAUAGCCCCAAAACCUAAUACCCGGGUAUUACUUUCAGGGAGCCCGAAAACCCCCAAUAAUAUUUUUUUCUUUUUUCAUACUUUUUGGUGUAACUAACUCCAAAAGGUUGGAAAAGAGUUCCUACAAAGGUUUUGGACAGUGAUUUUAACCCUGAUGCCAAA